GCACUCAAGAGUCUCCAUCGGGAUGGGGGAAAUAUUGUUUCGUCUGUUUGUGUUGUACCGUGCUACGAUCGUAUAACUGCGAGGCUGACAGAGAUGCGGAAUCUUUAUUUCGUGUAGGCAGAAGGAUUUAUACAUGUGUACACAAAUUGACGCGUGUUUGGAUAUUGUUGGCAAAGUGCGAGUGUGCGUUCAGAACAGAGCUAUUUCGUUCUAGUGUGUUCUUCUAAAGUUGUUGUAAAUUGACGAGCUAACACUUCUCUACCAAAUUCAGCGCCACCUGGUUUCCGUACAGUGGUGUGAUGUAGCAACCUGUUUAUACAUCUCUUACGUCAUUGAAAACUUCACAUAAUUUCGCUUGCAAGGUUGAAUUGUACGCGCGUGCAAUUGUUCGAUAAUUACACGCACUUGAUCUCGAUCUUCCAGCAAAAAAUGCAAACAUUAAUUGUCUUAUCGGAGACAUUCUGAACUCCGUUUUCAUAGUUCACCAACAGAGGUACACACAUUUGGAAGCGAUUUACCGUCUACACACAUCAGAGCAGGUUUCUGACAAAUCUAUUUCGUUUUCUCGUUAUUCGUUCUCAAAGUUCUGUUGUGACGUAAGCGAGCUCUGAUUGGAUUUACGAGGACUUUGUGUAAAGAACGGAUGUCUGUUUGAGAAGCAAUAAUACUCGGGAGUGUUUAUUGGGAAUGGUAAGGGUUUAUCAUCACUCAUUAUACUGUCGAUGUAGGCUAUUUACACACAGGGUACUCAAUCCCGUUUGACCUUCAUGCCAAGCGGAAUCGUACACACAUAGAAAAAUACGAAACGAAUCAGCGAACAAGGACACGCGCAGGAGAGGCUAUCAGACAUGGAGUAGAGGAAAGUGCUGCCAAUAUAGCAGACGACAGUUUCGGGCCAUGUAAACCCGUCCCCACGGGCCGUGUUGUUUCAUAAUCCGAAGGACAUUUGUAAAAUGUCCGAUUUGGAAGAGGACGGCAGCAGUCGUUACGACAAUAUAGAUUUAGACAGCAUUCUCAGUAGAGUGGAAAGGCGGGGGCCUCUUAUGUUCACGAAGAAAAGAUGUCUGUAUAGAGCACCAGAGUUUGUAAAACGGUUGUGUGGGGAGGAGACAGUGAACGAAGGAUCCACCGUAAGUUUUACAUGCAAAGUGGUUGCCUUCCCCAAACCUUCCCUCACCCUGUUCAAGGACGGCGAACAGAUAACCGACCACUCCCGGAUUAACAUAGAGCCGGGCGAGGCCGGCGAAUACUCUCUCGUCAUCCGGAAAGUCACGAAAAAAGACGAAGCUUCGUACCGAUGUAAGGCGGAAAACGACGAAGGUUCGUCCUCGAGUACAAUAUAUAUAGCUGUCAAAGCCAAGUCCAGGAGUUCUAAAAAGUCCUCAAGUCGGGCGACAGCACACAAGCGCUCCAUGUUUCCACCAAUCACAGAAAAGGUUGCAGAAGAAGAAGCGGAAGCAGAGGAGACAAAACGGUCACCAGAGUCCCCCCUUACACACUUGUACUAUGGGCUGACGUGGAAAAAUCGCGAGUGGCCAGAGUUUCUGGGGAGCUGGGCUUUCGUAAAUGGCAUGAACUCCAAAGAUUUCGAUGGGAUUAGUGAUAGCUUCGACGACUGUUCCGAUGAAGAUGACGUAUUCUUGUCUGAUGAUUCCUUAAAUGAUGCGGAUACCGAUUUCGAUACUGAAACUGACACUACUUCACAACCAGAGAGUGAUGUUUACUAUGGAAAUGACCCCCAUUAUAACAAUGACCUCCCUGAAAGUUUAAAUGGGGGAAUCAUGAUACCAAACCUGGUAUUCGAAAAUAAAAACCUUGUUCGGAGUAAAGGACAUGCCGAUUUGUCAUGUUUUACUACAACUCGGCCUUUAACGUUCACCAAGGAUGAAAACGCCAACAAGAAAAUACUUCCGAAUGAUGAUUCUCAUAUGUGUAACAGAAUAUGCACAGAAACACCUCCCGACCACAGCAUUGACUCCUCCUUCAAAUCCGAACAGGAAACAAACUCUACAACGGGAGGUAACUCAUGUGAUAAAACGUCUGAACUUGGUAUAGCAUCUCAUCUUGAAAGAAUAGACUGGUCGGAUAUUUGUUUGAUGUUGUCAGGGUCAACAUCGCUAGCUUUAUUUACGGACGUUGCUCCGCACGUGUUUGUUUUCUCUAUUAUUAUAGCCCAACUUUUAUACAUAUUAAUACGAUUUCUAUUAAAACAGGAAUGACUCCACUGAAUAGAACUACGUCUGACCAAUUGUUCUGCUAUAUUUGUCAAAAGAGUUUGCACAUAGUAUGACAUAUAGAGCAACACAAAGGGAUUCUAUGCAAUUUAACGAGAUCCGCAACUCACAGGAAGAUUUUAAUCUGUUCAGAUCAAACAUAUUGUUCAGGAUUUAACAGCAUUGUAAUGCAGUCAGUAUAUAUAUACGCAUACUUCAGAUGAUUUUUUUUUCUGAUUUUGCAUGUUUCUCGAUGGAGUCAUUUAGAUAUGGACAAAUCAAGUCAGUUCUUCUAUUUCUGCAACACAACUUGUGGUUCAAGAUAAUAAAUUUAGCACUUACACAUUUUAUCGAAUUACAUUAUCUGAACUUUUUUUUUAAUUUCCUUAUUCGAACAGUAUUUGUCGCCAUAUUGGUGAUAUUAUAUUGCUUAAAAUCGUAGACAGUCUAUAUAAUAUCUCACAGUUAAAGUAUUUAGUCUUCGCUAACAUGCACCAUGUCAUGAGUAAAAUUUUUUUAAAAAGGUCAUAUAAUUAUUUAACACAAGCCUUGAUUCGUUUGGUCCCCCUGUUACUAUCAUCUGACACAUUAUGAUCAAACGAAAUCGUGGUUUGACUAGUGAUAAUACAGCUUUAUACUUACCAUCAUCAACAUUCAUUUUUGUUGUUCGAAUUAAUAUGGAUUUAUGGACGUCAAUGAGCUCAGAGUUAAUUCUUUUGAAUGUAUUUUGAUGUUUCAUCAUUCAAAAUGUACAUCAGACAUGUCUGAGUGCUGAUUGCGUUUGAUAUAAACAGCAGUCGUAAAUCCUACAGGAACACAUGGGAACAGCAUGAAGCAAUACUUUGAAGUUAUAAUUUUUCUUUCAUAAUCGUUUGUGACUGAAAAAAUAUAUACGAAAAUAAACCCAGCUGUGAUGUGUUUUUUUCUAUAUUGCAGAAACGUAGAAUUUAACUGGACAGCAGAAAGAUAAAUUACAUGAUGAUUUUAGCCAUUAGAUAAAAUAGCUACAUGUAACGAUAGUAGGACAUAUAAAGUUUACUCUAAAAUUUACUUCGCGAAAAUGAAUCAAACUGUAUUGCAGUAUAAGUCGUAAAGUGGAUCCCCCCCCCCCCCACCCCCUUUUAGUCUAUCCAUACUACAAUGCAUUUAUAUUGUUUAUGUAUUUUUCACACUUUACAUGGUUUAAUGAUACAAGGAUUUAUCUUUUUCGGUAUGCACUAAGGCAGUUAACUUUACCAGAAUUGAGAACUGAUCAUAAGAAAUCCUAGUCUACUGGUAAGGCAUAGUUGGUGAUCGAAAGUGUUUAUUAAAUACGUCUGUUUAAGAAUUAUUCACUGUAAGUUUAAUUGUGUAUUAAGACACAAUUUCAACCUUAAAUUUGUACUUUCUUUUUCAUAAUUGGAAAUUGCCAGGUAGCUGUUCAAAUCACUGACAUUACAAAAUAACAAUAGAAAAUACCAUUGCAUUGUUAUUUUCGAUUGGAUGCUGAUGAAAUAUGCCACACCAUUCACUACAUCAAUAAUAAUUUAUUGUUAUGUUUCCGCUGUGUUUAGAAGACGAUGACGACAUUGUCAAAACUAAAGUCAUACUUCCAUACCUUUACAAUAUGUAUUGAAUGUGGGGUAGAGCAUUGGAGUAGACUUAUAAUUAUAAUUUUCACAAGAUCGGUUCAUAAAGAACAUCCCUCACACUUAUAUCUCCUACAUUAUGUAAAAAAUAUUCACUUGAUAUAUGCCUUAACAUUCGAUAUUUAGCACGGUUUAACGCGAUACAUGUAUGUCAUAUGACAUGAUAAUGACAUAACGAUGUAGAGAAUCAUAUAGAGAAAUCAGAAAAAAAUAUUUUGAUGAAUGAAUUACUCCAUGUAGAUUUUUGUGAAUACUUUUAGAAUAAAUAAUAAUAUUACUUGUACAUAUGUGUAUAUGGCUAUAGGAGUUAUUUUGUAUAUACUAGAAAACGAGUUAGUUAUUAUUUAUAAAGUAUUGGUUAAAUAAGUUUGAAAAGCAAUAUAAGAAAACCUCAGGUCAAGUGUUGAUGGAUGUAGAAACAAAUAAUAAAUUAUUAUACAAUUAC